AUGUCGACCUCACAGCGCCUGUUCCGCUUCCCCAAGCCUGCUUGGCUUAACAGCGCCAACACCAGGACCGCAGGCGUCUACAUGUCCGGCGCCCUCUUCUCCCUCGGCUUCUUCUUCUUCAUCGAUGCCAGUGUCUUCUCCAAAUCGCCCCUCAACGGCAGCACGGUGCACAUCAACUUCGUCGACUGGAUCCCGCUGAUCUGCUCCGCGCUGGGCAUGUUGGUCAUCAACUCGAUCGAGAAGUCCCGCCUGUCCGCCGACAGCUGGUCGUACAGCGGGAACGGCGUGGCCUGGAAGGCGCGCACCGUCUUGUUCCUGGGCUUCGCCCUCAUGGCCGGCGGCCUGGCCGGCAGCGUCACCGUCAUGGUGCUCAAGUACCUGUUCAAGGACUAUGCGCUGCAGACGGUGUAUAUGGGUGUGGCGAACGUGGUGGCCAACGGCCUGGUCAUGUUGAGCUCCGUCGUGUUGUGGGUCAGUCAGAACAUGGAGGACGAUUAUACAUAUACCUUGCAGCUGUGA